GAUUAAGUUGGGGUUAACGGUGCGAUUACGACAUCGAUAGCGCUAAAGAUGGUCGCGCCAGCAUGCAGCCUGCCUGAGUGCCUGCAAAUGACAGUCUAUCACCGACCACGCACGAAUCACACGUGUCGUUAGAGCCAGCUCCACAGCUGACACUUGUUUAUAAAGUAUCUCUUUGAAAUGUACAUAAUAAAUAACCAAUAUUGAUAAACUGUUAAGUGCUUAUAAACAAAUGUGAUUGUGAUUUGUGCAAAUGUGACCAUUGUGAUUAUUAUCAAUAAAAAUGCCAUUGUCGUUCGAAACAAAGAAUUUUAGUGGAGGAACAGUUCUCGAAUAAAGUGGACAAUAUCUUAUCUACCAAGAUAGCACAUUAAUGUGAUAUUUUACCACGGCACAAUCCGCGGUGCAACGGUACAACAACGUAGAAAAUUGCGACCUUCCUUUCUAUUUAAUUUGUUCUAAACAUUAUUAUAUUUUGUGUGUUGUGGGACGUGAUAGUCCGUAUGAGUAGGACUGAAAAAACGUAGUGAAUAUGCGAAACAUUUCCACAUAGUGAUAUUUAUCGUGAAACAAGUCAAAUUGGCUAUGGCAAAAAGGUCACAGUACUCAACUCCCGAAAAUAGUGAUGAAGAAAGUGGCGACGCGUUUACAGACGGCGACUUUGGGGAUUCCGAUGAUGAAACUAUCAUUGAACGCAAGGACUACAAGUCCAAAGUCAUCGAAACUGUGAAUAAAAACAUUGAUACAACAGAUGACACUAAUACGAGUAUUAGUUUAGAUGAACAAGUGAACGGCCACACAAUGAAGCUUAACGUUAAUGGUGCUGAUUAUGUAGAUAUAAACAAUCAAAGUAAUGGCGAAGAAUCUGGGGAUUUGUCAAGGGACUCCCAAAGCGACAAUGGCUCCAUCGUCGGAAUUCUUGGCGAUCAGCAUAAUCACGCCGAGCAGCGGCUGGCGGCGCGGCGCGCGGCGCGGGCGGAGGCGCGCGAGAUCCGCAUGCGCGAGCUGGAGCGGCAGCAGCGCGAGCAGGAGGACCAUGCCGACAAGGCGUACGACAUGUACUCCGAGACCGUGGGGCGGCGCGCAGGUAGCCGGCUAGUGGCGCUAAGUCCCAGCGCCAUGCAUUCGCCGCGACGGAGCUCCGAAGACUCGGACGACGUGCUGAGCAUCAAAGACCUCAGGCAUGAGCUCAAAGAGGUGGAGGAGAAGUUCCGGAAGGCGAUGAUAUUGAACGCCCAGCUGGACAACGACAAGGCGGCGCUCGGCUACCAGCUCGAGCUGCUCAAAGAUAGGAUAGAAGAGCUUCAGGAAGAAUACGCGCAACUACAGCGCGAGCACAGGGAGAAGUGCUCGAGCCACGAGCGGCUAAAACGCGAGCACGCAGCGUUAGAGCGCGAGCUGUGUUUGGCGCGGGACGCGGUGCGUGCGCGGGACGCGGCGGCGGCGGCGGCGGGGCAGGCCUUCGUGGAGGCGGCCAGCGCGCCCGACGCGGUGCCAGGCGCCGCCGCUGGCAGCGUGCCGCCGCUGGCGCUCGUGUCGCACGCCUCCGAGCUGCUGCUGGCUGAGGCGGGCGAGGGAACGCUCGACGUGCGGCUGGAGCGGCUGGCGAGCGCGCGCGCGGCGCUGGAGGGCGAGGUGCGCAAGCUGAAGCUGCAGCUCAACGACGAGCGCGCCGCGCGCCACAACGGCGUCGCCUCGCACCUCGACCGCGACCACGACUCCGAGCUGGAAACACUACGCAAAUCCGUGGCCGAGGCGAAGGGACGCGCGGCUCGCGCCGAGGCCGAGGCGGCGCUGCAGGCGGCGGCGGUGGCGCGCCUCGAGGCACAGGUGGCGAGGCUGCGCGCGAGGCAGGACCACCAGGACGAGCACGAGGAGAUGCUCAAGCAGGAGAGGAGGAAACUGCAGAGGGAGGCGAGGGAAGCUCUCAACCGAGUUGAGGAGUUGGAGACGGAGAACAGCCACCUCACCAAGAGGCUCGACAAGCUCAAGAACGCAAAGUCCGCGCUCCUCAAGGACCUGUGACAGACCUGCCCGAGCGACGCCGCCACACUACGCCAUAACAACACGUACACGGUGAAGAUUCACGCACACUGAUGCGUGUGAAAAGUCAACCAAUCACAACGCCGCAUUUUAUAACCACGCCCUGUGAUUGGUGGAACGCACGGCGAGGAUUUGGACAUGUCAUUGUAACUGAUGUUCGAUUCCUUUUUCGGAUAACAACGGCGACGGCGAAUUGUACGUAUUGAUUAUUAGCUUUGGAUUCUAGCCUUUUUAUGGCCUAUAUGAGAACAAAAAAUCACAAGUAUGUUAGAGUAGGUGCGGAUUUAGCACCGAGAUACUAUUAUGCAGGCUAUUUUUUAAUAAAAUACUGCAUUUUUUUCAUUAUCUACAUCAAACUGAAUAUUUAAACUGAGAUGCUGGUGCUGUGCGCUAAUCCCUGUUUUAGAAAUGUUAUAAAAUUGCCGUUGUAAGACGAAAAACCGUACCAUGUAAUCUAUAACAUGUACAAACAUAUGUAUAUGUUUCAGGCAAAUAACUUGAAAACUAUAAUUUUGCCGAGUUGACAAAACUCGUAAAUAGCUUUUAUACUCGUUAUAUAUAUAUAAAAAAAAAAUUGACCGAUUUGUGUAUAAUUUAUUUGGCUUACACCAGUACAGGUGUGGUUUAAGAAAAAUUGGUUUAAAAAGUAAUGUAUAGAUUUUGCUAUCACUUAGAUUAUUUAAGAUUCAAGUUGUUUGCCAGGAAAUAUGCAUAGACAAGCUGAUUAACUCCUCGUUCGCGCGUUACAGUGGUCUAGGGGUAUGACGACAGAGGGGAGUAAGUGAGGGGCUGGCAGUGGGCGUAUACAUUCGUCCACUCAUUGGUUCAUUCAUACAUUCAUUGCCAGCUCCCGCAUCCCUUUCCUAUGUAGCCGAGGACGCUAUUUUACGGUUCGCCUAUAUCGUGUUGGCCUAAAAAUAAUUACGCGCCAUAUAUUCUAUUUUCGAAAGAAUGUCUAGCUUUCAUUGUAAGGCUGCCUGUGCACCAAAGCGUAGCAAUGGAGCGUUGCGGAGAAACGGACUAAUGUGGAGCGGAAUUGCGUACUGUGUCUGUCCACCGAGGCGGAGCGACUAUGCGGAGCGGAGUUGCAGAACAUGUAUAAAUGUUAAAUUUCAUUCCCACUCCGUUUCCUCGUUCUGCUUACCGGUUUUAUAUAAAUUAUUAAACUAGCUCGCAAGUCCCUGUCCAUUUAAGAGGAGUGGGUAUUUUGUGCAAUCCUAUUGGUUAAUAAUUCUCCGUUUCUCGGCUCCGCUGCCUCGCUCCGCUUUAGUGGACUGGCAGCCUAAUAGAGUAAAGAUAUGAGUUCAUCUGAGUGGUUGCUAAGCAAGAAUUUUUCAGUUUUCGAUGUCAAACGGUUCCUUUUGUAACGCUAAAUGAUUUAACAAUACUUUGCUCUGCUGACGUUCUUUCAUAAACGCGUUUAUAUUGUCUCUACUACAUCUAAAGCUAAAUCUUCUUCCUGAAAUAGAAUAACUACAAAUGACUCCAUGUUAGACAUUAUUGAAUCAGAUUGUAAGUGGUCUUAAAUAAAUAACAUCAGAAUAAAAAAUAUGGCGUCAGUUUUAAUAUUUAAACGAAACUAUAUUAACACUCGCUUGAGGCGAUGCAUUUUUGCGAAAACAUUUAUGACUUAUGACGUAUGUAUUCGCAAUUUACUACUUUUUGAGGGUAGUAUAUAAAAAUAUCACACUAUCUAUGACUCCAUUCUUAUUGAACUGAAUAAAUAUUUAGUCUGUGUUAUGGUUUGAAUUUUUCGUAACAAUAAAAAAGGUGUAUAUUUCCCGAUUCGAUCGAAAUGACGAUUAUUUGUAAUACUAGGUUUUAUGAUUCUUUAUCAAUAUUAAUAAUUAAUUUUUUAAAAAAUUAUAAAUAAAUGUAAUUUAAAUGUUAUUUCUUUAUAUUAAUUACCAGUCAUGUUUUAUUUGUACAUUUUUUGUGUUUAAUCUGAACAUAUAUGUGACGGAAAAAACGGAUGUAUAAAAUAUUAAUAUUAUUUUUUUUUUUUUCAUUUAAUUAAUAUGAUAUUAUUGUGUGCAUGAUGUUGUAAUUUUUAUGUAUGAUAUUGACAUUUUAAAAUAAUUUAAAUGUAGGAAUAACCACGUAUUUCUGAUAGUAAAAAAUGUACUUUAUUUUAAAACAGUUCUAGUGCAAAAUCAUUCAUACAAAUAGUACCAUCAGUUUUGACGACCUUUAUGACUCAGUGCUAUGCGCAGUGGAUUUACAAGACGGAGGCCCUGGGUUCGAUCCCCGGCUGGGCCGAUUGAGAUUUUCUUAAUUGGUCCAGGUCUGUCUAGUGGGAGGCGUUCCGGUACGAUGUCGAGAAGAAACCGAAAGGUGUGUAGAUUUUCUCACUCCUGACAAAUUAGUCCGCUUCUAUCUUAGAUUGCAUCAUUACUUACCAUCAAGUGAUAUUGUAGUCAAGGGCUAACUUGUUAAGAAUUAAAAAGAAAAACAUUCAGUGCGAAUUUUUCCUGUUUUUUUUUAUAACUUGCUGCACAGUUCUGGCUUUAUUGAGCCUGUAGUCGCAUUGUAUAAACAUUCAUUCAUAAUGGAUUUUGUUUGCACUGACGUUCUAAAGUUAUGCAACUGUCCUCAGUGAUGUGCACAAGGUCUGUAAGAAGGGUAAGCACUGUCCGAAGAAAUUGUUCUAAAUGGAAAUCCUCCAAUACAGGUUGAUAAGAAGUUCUCAGGGUAUGCAGUGCAUUUUUGCCUAUAUAAAGUGCACGCCACUGACUGUCCUAUAUUUUUGAAAUUUAAUUACGACUCUUAAAACAGGUCUUUUAACAUUUUAAUAGUUUUUUUUUAAUAUGUGAUACAACCUGAGUAAAGGAUUAAAGGUGAAAUUUCUUUUAAUUUGUGGUUACUCUUUAUUGGCUUUUAUUUAAAAAAGAUGAUUUAAAUUUUGCUACUUUCUAAACAAAAUAUUUGAAAUAAUAAUUUAUCGAUUAUGUUAUUGAUAUAAAAUGAACACUUUCACUUGUAAUAUAAUGUAUUUCUUUGUGUGCAUUAAUUAAUUUUAUAUCUAUUAUUAAAAUUGACUAUUUAUUUUCGUUGCACAAUGUUUUAUUUGUAAUAUUUGUAUAGGUAUUAUUGAUAGGUUUUUUUUAUUAUUAUUUCAGCUUGCCGAAGUUUCGCUUUGUACUAAUCGUUAAAAAAUAUAUAUAUUUCAACUUGCCAGAAUCACAAAUUUAAUUUGUUAUUUUAUUUAUUAAAAUUUUAAAAUCCAUAAAAUAAAGAAGAACUUAGAUAACUCUGUGAGAUGUUAUUACCCCUAAUGGUUAGCCACGGUUGUUAAAACAUUUAUAAAUUAAGUCUUUGUAAAUAUACGGUGCAUUUAUAAAGACUUAAUUUAUCCAUAUUUUUUUAUUCACAUUAUUAAAGAUUCUAAUUAACUUUGAUAGCUUUGAAUCAUUUUUGGAGCCUAGGGGAAUAAUAAAGAGACUUGUUAAAGAAAUUCCAUCACAUAGUAUGUAAUAUUAAAAUGUUUUGUAUCGUAGAUAGAUGUCUUGUAAGAAAUUCCUCAAUACAGAGUUAGUUGUACAAAAAAACAUUUAACUAAUCUAUACCAUAAAUCUUAUUUGAUCCGCUGCAAGUUACAUAAUUUACAAAUAGAUUUUUUUAAUCAAACGUCUUUAAAUGACCUAAACUUGAAUUUUUUUUUUACUUUCGAGGAAUUUCUUAGAGAAGCGAAUGAAUUUUGUAAAAUAAUGUAAUUGCUCAAAAAUUGUACCGCGUGCAAUGUGAUAGCGAACAUAUACACGUCCAGUAGCGAUCUCUAGAGGUGUUACUUUAGAGAUACUUAGAGAUGAUCCGAGACUAAAUUAUCAGCCCAAUAAAUUGUAAGAAUUCAUCUUGAUUUUGUAGAACUUGACAUGCUCUAUAUACAGCCUAUUUAAACGGCCCUGUCAGAUCAUAGGCCGUAUUACACAGUUUUGGUAAUUUUGGCCAAGUUUCAAAUAAAAACAAUGUAACCUUGACACACACAAAAUGAAAUUUUAUUGAUUACAUAUUUUCUUUUAUUAAUGUAAGGAUUAUAUUACUUAAGUCACCUUAACACAUUCACACACGCUGCUAAUGUCUGUGAAGUUAAUCACAAUGUAUACGUAUGUGUUUAUAAAAAGUCGACGAUUCAAGAAAAAAAAUUGCCACAUAUUAAAUGUACCUUUCCGGCUUUGAUAUUUAAUCUUUGACAAUCUCUAUUUACUUGUAUUUUUAUAACGUGUAUUUUGUUUUUGGAAGUUACCACGUUUCAUAAUAAUUACAAAUUAAUAACUAAAAGGAAUAAUAUGUAAAUGUAGCAUGAAUUACAUAUAUGGCGGAGUGAGGGUAGUCUGAUGAAAUGGCUAAUAUUAGUAUAUAUUAGUAUAUACUUAUCACUAAUAUGUGUUGGAAAAAGUUUUGUUAGAGAAACAUAAGUCAUGAACAUUCCAAUAUUUACACAAUUUAAAAAAAAACAAGCUAAAUAAUAAAUAAGUUAAACGGAAACCGUAAACUUCUGUAGUAAAUUCAUUCAGAAUAUUUUAUUGGACUACCCUCACUCUUAAUGAAAUGAUGAUUUUGAAGAAGUAAAUACCAUUUGUAUAGUUGGUAUAAUCACCAAACAGCUCCAAAUAAAAAUGAUAGCAAAUUUACAGUAUAUACUUGAUGUAAUUCUUGAAAGGUUAAUUCAUUAACUACUUACCCUGGCUUGAAUUGUAUAUUGUAACUUGAUGUUUGAAUUUAUGUAUUACAUAGUUGUCUAUUCUGUAUCAUUUCAUAAAGAGAGUUCUAAAGUAUCGAUUUCCAAAAAGAAGUACACUCAUAUUAUUAAUUGCAACGACAAAAGGGAAAUUAAUAGUUUUAAAAAAAAUUGUGAAUAAAAAUACUUUGUUUAUAAAUAGUUAAUGCAACAUCUUCACAGAUUGUAAUGGAAUUUUGAUGUUAUUAAUGAAUAUUGAUGAUGAAGUUGUCAAUUUAGGCUCCACAAAUAAGCCGGCUUUAUGUUUCUUUGUAAAAAUCAGUAUCAAGUAAGUUUGGCACAUCUCAUUGUCCAUAACAAUCCGUAUCCCAAAAUGAAAUUGAAAGCCCAAAUUAGUAUCCGUGGUAUGAAAAAAAUGUCUUUUAUUCCACAUUAUUAAUAGUUGUGUACACAUAAAAGGAAAAAUUUUUUACAACCUAAAACUAAAUAAUAAUAUGAUACUUCAUUACCAAAUGACAGAGAGAACCAAUUAAAUAUAUUCAAACAUUUCGGUGUAACAAACAAGACAGCCAAUUCGUAGUUAUGUGAAAACGCCAUAGUUGUACCGGCGCUACGCAUGUGAGCAAAGAUUGGAAGUUAAAAAACAGGAUAACCUCAGGAAAUUGAGGUAGAUGUAAAAUGUUUAAUAUUGUCUAUGAAAGUGUUUAAAUAUCUUUGCGCCACACGUGUGACGCCCGCUUUAGAUAUAUUUAGUCAUUCGCAUAGUGCCAUGGCACACCAAAAUGUAUUAUAGCGUUAGUGUAGAGGGUAGAUUGACGGUAGUUAGACACGAAAUAGCGAUUGAGUUACGCGGGUACUUCGCCUACAUUUAGAUAGAACUUUGCAAUAGAAAAAUUACAAGGCGUUGACUACACAGAUCCAGUACAGCUAAUGUGCGUUACUUUAGGUAACAUUAAAGUAUGCCAGGAUGACUCCAUAAAUUGAAAAUGUCAUGGACUCGUUCUGUAGAAAUUAUCGAAAUUAGAUUAAAAAGGGUUCAGAUAUACAUUUUCAAUUUCUUGUUUUACCCCUGGGUGACCACGGUUCAUGUUAACUCUGGUUUAUGGCGAUAUUGCAUAAAACUGGUAUCUGUUUAGCCAAAGUCCAUAUAUAGACCCAUAUUAUAGCGCCUGCCGGUUCAGGCAGAAUAGUUAAUACCAUUUACGUUGCGCCUUUAAAGUGAAGCCACUGAUAUUGAAUGAAGAAUGGUGCUAAUUCCGCUGUAUUUUAAUUAUUAUAUCAACUAAAUUGAAUACACUCGUACAGGUAAUCGGUAGAAGUUAGGAAAACCAUAUCUUCAUGUAAAAGUGAUCGUCGAAAUGCGUUAAAUAGAGGCGUCACUUGUGAAAAACUAUCUCUCAGCUCUUCCCUCAACAUUCAAAAAUUAAAAAUUAUAGGACCCUCCUUUAAUUUGAAUUUUUGAAGGUAAAAUUUCAACCCCUAAUCUAAGUUACGAGUAGUCACGCCUUAUUAGACACUAGCGGCGUUUUUGUCGAAUUUCGAAUUAUCUUUACAAGCGGAUACUUUUUCAUUUUUAGAUAAAUCUCCAUAGUAUUCUAUCUCCACCUUUUACAUACUUAAGGUAGUAUAGUCGUUUUUAUAAUAAAGGGUGUAAAUAUUUAUAGCCCUCGUAUUUAGCCCAUUUUUCUCUUUUAGAAGGAUAUAGACAUUUUUAGAAUUUAUAAAGCUAGGCUCCUACCAUUAAAUCAAAUUUUAGAGACACCAUGGAGAUAUCGUUUUCUAGAAAAAAGGACAACAAUGCUUAAUAUUUCUGUCCAUUUGGCACCUACAGUACUGAUGUUACGAGAUAGCAAAAUACCCAAGGUAUUAGCAACAAACUGUUGAGUCCAUUUUUAAUUCCGUAUCAUUGGCUUUUCUUUUUCAUUGGUUUCAAUAAUUUCCAUCCCGUUGAGCAGUUACGAGUGCCUCUGCACGGAGAGAUCUCGAGAUGGGUUAUGUAUAAGUAGAGAUUAUAUUUUUUUGUAAGUAUGGUGUAUGUAUUUUGGUGCUGCAUUACUAAUAAUUUAUUUCUUUGUAAUAACUAAGAAUGACUGUGUUUUAUAGAAAGCGAAACCGACAUUGAUUUAUUGUAUAAAUGUGGAUAUUAUAAUUUGAAUAAAUUUCGCCCUCAGAUA